AUGAAAGCGAUCAGUAGUAGUUUUACGGUUAAUUUCCGACGAGCAGUGUGUAAUGUCGCUGCCAUACGAGCAUAUGCGUCGGAUGUGAAGGAUUCAGACCAUCCAAGGUUAGACAAGAAACGGUCAAAUGAAGACCCGUUGAACAGUAUUAAGCCUCAUAUGCGAGGCGGAAUACUGUCAGUGGUUGAAAAAGAUAACAGUGGAUUUCUUUCAUAUCUCAUACUUAAAGAAACUAGUCCCUUACUGAGUCAAGCCAUGAUGGAAAUAAAAAACAAAAAAAGACGUCAACAAAAUAGCAGCAUACUUUUGGAAGGCAAACGUCUGAUACAGGAUGCAUUAAACGCCGGUGUAAAGCCAAAACAAAUAUUCUUUAGCCAAAAGAGAGUGUUAGAAAACUUAUGUUUACCCGAAGAACUACGAGAUCUACCAGCCUCAAGUACAAUAUUUUAUAAGGCACCGUAUAAAAUGAUUCAACUAUUUUCGGAUACUGAGACAUCUCAAGGAAUAAUGGGUAUUUUUGAAAUUCCAACUAUUGAUCAUAGAGCUCGGAAAAAUGCAUUUCCAAUUACAGUAAUCUGUGAUAAUAUCCGCGAACCUGGUAAUUUAGGUGCUGUGCUAAGAACUGUAACAGCUGUUGGAGCAUCACAAGUUAUUUUAAUGAAAGGCUGUACUAAUUUGUGGGGAGAUAAAGUAUUGAGAGCCGGUUGUGGUGCACAUUUCAGAAUGAAAAUAAUAUCAGAUGUCAGCUGGAACUUUUUGGAAAAUAUCAAAGGUCAAGUCUGUUUGGCCGAUAACAACUAUGUGGGCAAUAUUGAUUAUUCAAAUAUCGAUGAAGACACAAAUAUAAAUGUUUUUAGAAAAACAGCUCCAAUUGAAUUACCAAUAGUUCCUUACUAUGAAAUAGAUUACUGUAAAACCACUCCUUUGAUACUCAUUAUUGGAGGUGAAACACAUGGAUUGAGUGAUGAAGGUUACGAGUUUGCUAGAUUACGAAAAGGUAUCCGCCUAAAUAUUCCACUUGAAAAUGGAAUAGAAAGCUUAAAUUCUGCUACAGCUGUAGGUAUUUUAUGUUUUGAGGCCAAAAAACAAAUGUUAAGUUUAAUAAGAAGUGGAGAUGAAAUCGAUAAAAUUGAACAAGUACAUUAA